AUGCAAGAGAAGAAAUCGAGGGCGGGCCCUAUGAUUCUCUUCGCAGCAGCGUCGCACGGGAAUCCGUUCGUGGCAACCACGGACUGGGAGAUGGUGGAAGAACCACUGCCGAAGCUGAGUCUAGAUGACCGACGACCGCCUUGCUGCAGGGUGAGGUACGCGUUGGCGGACGAGGAAGAGAAGGAGGGCGGAGACGUCUUCCGUUCUUGCACUGUUUGA